AAGUAGUUUUUGUUUUGAUAUAGCAGAUUGGAUUUAGUAUUAUACUGAACAGUACCAACUAUCUAAAUUGUAUUACAUGCUGAAAUUAUUGAAUUUUAUAUCGAGGAAACAGAGUUGUCAUUUGCAAGAGUCGGCGUAGACUCAUAUUAUUGUUUACCGUUCCUGUGUGUGUGUGGUUGCAGGCCAUUUUUUUGUUUAAUUUAGGUAUUCAUUAUAAAAAGGAUAAUACGACCGUAUCUUCUUUUAAACAAAUGAGUAAUAUGUCUUAUCCAUCAGCACCACCACCUCCUUAUUCCCCAUCAGCACAGCAACCAGGAUAUCCACAGUAUCCACCAGGCCAACAAGCUUAUCCACAACAGCAUCCACAACAGUAUCCACAACAGUCUCCACAACAGUAUCCAUAUGGACAGGGAGGAGGAUAUCCUCAACAACAAUAUGCGCAACAACCUACAACAGUUGUAUAUACUCAACAACCGGUUGUAGUACGUGAAAGAAGAGACAAGAGUGACGAGACAUGUCUGUAUGUGUUACUAGCUGCAUUAUGUUGUUGCUGUCUGUGUUCGGACUUCUGAGACAAUAACACAAACCACGUCCAACAAUUAUUACAUAUUGUUAUAAUGUAUAAAUGACAACAAGUUUUGUUCGUGUUUAUGAAAGAAAAGUAGUAUUAUUUGUUGUAUAUAUCGAAGGAUCUGAUGAAAGCUCAUACAAUUUUUUUGUUUUGUUGUUAUGAAAAUGAGAGACAGAUAUAAUGUGUUUAUAUUUUUUUUAAAUUAAUUUGUCAUACAAUAGAACUCACGAAGGUUGAUUGUGUAAUUUAGACAGUAAAAAUUUGUAUUGAAAUGUUCAGUUAUUUGUGAAAAUGAUUCAAAAUUAUAUGUUUUAUUAGAUUCGAAAUUAUAUACAUAUAAAUAUAUACUUUGAUUGAAUAUACAUGACUAUUAUUCAAUAGGUAGUAUUUCCUCCCAAAUAGUUUUCACUUUUCAUGACAAUCUAAUACCAGUGUAGUAAAAAAAGAAACUAUAAAAACGAUUCUAUAUCUAUACGAAAUCCAUAAGUUGCAUUUCAUCAAAACAUGCUAGUUUUUACUUUAAAGUUCUUUCUUACUCAUGGCACCAUUUUCUUUUUUAAUGAAUUAUUUUUUAUACUAGACGUAGAUGUGGACAACUUAAAACUAAUGUAGAUGUGGACAAAUUAAAAAUAAUGUAUAUGUGGACAAAUUAAAACCAAAUAGCAAUUAUUUUAUUUUGCUAGAAGUUGUAUUUCUUGUUUUUUAUGCUAUUCGGAUUAUUAUGUGUAAAAAGUUUACCAGUAUACUUGAUAUAAUUUAGCUGUUUACAAUCAGAAACGAUAAAUAUAUUUCAUAAAUAGUUUGAUAUUUUUCAUAGAUAUUUUCUCAUUUUAUUCUAUAGCUUAUUAAAGGAAUAUUUUAUCUAAAAAUCUGUUGCCAUUGUGGAAACAUAAAGAAAGGAUUUCCUUUCAACUAAAACAAUAUGAUUUUGACAGUACGAUAUAUAAAGUCUGAUAAACAGACAAAAAAGGAGCUAUUGUCUUCUCCCUGAAUGUAAAAGAAAUAAAUUCUAGAAUCAUUUCAAAAUAUUGAUAAUUUCAUGGAUGUAUAGAAUGAUAUAUUAUGGACACUUUAGUGCGAUAAUGUAAACUGUGAAUCAUUAUAUCAAAAUUGCCAUAUUUGACCUUAGAAGACAUAGUUUUUUUUACCAAUUUUACCAACAUCAAUAUAUUUGUAUUAGAAAAAUUGAAGCAAAAACCUUUCGGAUAAGGUUGUGGCUCCCAUUAAAUACUAUGACACUAUCUCAAAAUGAGGCUAUUUUUUGGCAUUCUUUAGCAACAGUAAGAAGGAUGUUUUCGAUAGAUUUAUAAUGAUUUACAAUUCAUUUUGAUUUUAGAUUCCAAGGGAUACAAAGGUGUCCUGCUCAUGUCUUCUUUAUUCCGAUUCAAAUUAUGGCAGAUGAAAAUAAAGUUACAUUUUCCAAUUUAUCAUUUAUUCAUAUUUAUUGUUUAUGCUUAAGAUCUGUUUAUAUUUUCUAUGUUUUACAUUUUUUGUUGAUUUAUAAUGAUAAAAUCAUUUUGUGAGAGAUCGUGAAAUAAAAUUUCAUCUUGUUUUCAUA